AUGACUGAAACCGAUAACAAUAUCAAUGACAACCGAGUGGAAGGAUCCAUAAAAAACUUUAACCAAUGUUCGAUUGAUAUCAAUGGUGAAGUUGUGGAAGGCAUAGCUGAUCCGGACUCAGAAUUCUCAGUUAUUACAUACGAAGAAGCAAAAGAGCCAGGUUUGGAAAUAGAUGAAGUUUCAUCUCGAAUUGACGAUAUAAAUGGAAUGGAUCUUACCAGACAGGUACUAGAUAAAGAAAUUCAAAUUUAUCUUCGUGAAUUACUUGAAAUAAUAAAACCCGAGAUUCGUCAAAAUAUUAUAAACUUUAUAGCAGAUCCAAAUACUAUCAAAAAACGCAAGAUACCCAGAAAAAAAAGUAAAUAUUGA